UAGCUUUCUUCCGUGUCAGCGUCUCGCCGGUUCACCAUCGGUCAAGCUGCAGCCGUCUCCCGCCGCCAUCUCCUCAUGCGGCCAGCGCCGGUGCUCGCCGCCGGCGGCAGGACGCUCGGAAACAUUCUAUCCGCCACGGAGUGGAUGCUCCCCUCCCCGGCCACCCAAGUCCACACCAUCUCCGUCCUCCCCUCCCACGCACCGUCCCCUGCUCCCCAGUUCGCCUUCUCCAACCUCACCACCGCGUUGAGGAGCAGCGGCGGUAAAGGGGACGAGCAGGGUACCCCGAGAUUCGACGUGCUGCGGGACGACCUCCUCCAUCCCCUUGCCAACGGUAACAAGGCCCGGAAGCUCGAUGCCCUCCUGCCGCUCCUCCGCCGCCUGGGUGCCACCGACGUGAUAACAUGCGGGGGUUGCCAGAGCGCCCAUGCAGCAGCCGUCGCCGUCCAUUGUGCAGAAUGGGGGAUCAGGCCACACCUACUGCUGAGAGGAGAGCAGCUAGACGUGCCGACAGGCUACAAUUUGAUCUCUUUGAUGUUUGGCAACGUGACCUAUGCAUCUCGGUCGGUCUAUGCACAUCGAGAUGAGAUGCUUUAUGAGCAUGCCAGGAAGGUUGCUGGUAACAGCGGUACCGUGCUGUGGGCUAAUGAUAUUGUCAGAGAUAAUUUAGCAGUGGAUGAAGAGACUGUCCUUGAAAAUGAUUCGAGAAGGGUGGUGAUUAUUAAGGAAGGUGCUGGUACUGUUCAAGCGUUACUAGGUGUUAUGCGACUAGUGGAGUACCUCUCUAAUUUGUCGUCAUUUCAUAAUGAUGAGGAAGUCCGUAUUGUGGUGGAUGCUGGGACAGGAACAACAGCUGUUGGGUUAGCUCUUGGAGCGGUAUGUCUAGGACUUAAUUGGAGGGUUACUGCUGUCAUGCUUGCUGAUACACUUGAAAGAUAUCAAGAACAGGAGAAGUCCCUGAUAUCUGAUUUUAAGGGGCUUUGCCAUGAAGACUUCCAUGACUUGGUCGGAACAGAUGGUCUGGUUCACUGGGUGGACCGCUUUUCGCCGAGAAGAUUCGGUAAGGUGCUGAGUGGCGAAAUCACGUCGUGCCGGCAGGUCGCUCAGCAAACGGGCAUCCUGCUGGAUCCCGUGUACACCUUGGCAGCGUGGGAGCAGGCCGUGGAUCUGUGCUGCGGAGACGGUAGAGGGGCCAAAGUGGCCAUGAUCCACACCGGCGGAACGCUGGGGCUGUUCGGAUUGGCGCAAAGGUAUCCCCUACACUUUGGCGCGACUGCGAACGAGCAAGCUUGAGCAGACCAACAGGUGUAUCACCUGGCGAGGGUCACACGCACACACUUGAUCCGGGCUGGGAGACUGGAUGGCGUCAUCGACUGCGGGUGACUGAGGGUUAAGUUGAGGGCCAGCUUCUGUAAGUGAGAGGGUCUGGGAUGUACUGACGGAGUCAAUCUAAGCUGUAUGCAAAAGCAGAAAAUGUGUAACUGAAGAAUUGUUUUAUUUAUCACUGGCUCUCUUUCGUUC